AAGUUACUCAAGUUACAGCGCAGACCGAAGGACGGACAGACAGAUAUCCGGAUAACUCAGUCGUUACCCUGAUAACUUUACUAUAUCUAAAUAACUUUAUAUCUAAUAUAUAGGUGUUUUUGGUUAGGUAGUUUUAGGUGUUACAAACAACCGUUAUAUGAACAAAACUACCAUACUAUCUUAGCAAUUUUGUUCCGAGAGUAUAAACAGUAGCACAACUUAUUUAGUGAAGAAAAUAAGUAUUUUGAACUAUUUCGACAACAGCGACAUCUACUGAGUAAAUAUUUAUUUAAAAUUUUAAACACAAAAAUUUUAGGUACUUUUCCAAAAUAAUCGUUUUCUGCCAAAAAUACUAAGUGAUACAGUGUUCAAGGUUUGUAAAUUAAACACAAAUAAAUGCACAAAAGAUAAUAAACAAUAAGUUAAAAACAAAGAGUAUGAAGAAGAAAGUGAAAAAGCGCAAAGUUGCGUGUAAAGAAAAUGUUUGAAAAUUAGAAAGAGUCAAAACCGCAAAAAUACGCAGUAUUUAGUGCAAGGAUUAGUGUUGUGGAAAAACGCAGUUACCACAAAUACACAUACCAGCUAAGCAAUACGUGUUUCGUUUAGCAAAAAGCAAGCUGCAAAACGAAAAUAUAACAACAACAACAAUAAUUCGAAAAGAAAAGUGCAAGUGAAAGUAGAGCAAAGAAAUAACGGGAUUAGUUUGCGCUGAAGCAGCAGAAAGCAAAAUAAUAUAAAUACAAAUAAAUAUAUAUACAUAUAUACAAAUACAUACAUAUGUACACAUAAAUGUCAUAGUAUAUAUGUAUGUAUGUGUGUGUUCGCUUAAAUGAAAUUGCGUAAUAGCGUAAUUCGCACAUAUGCACUCGUAUGUACGCCCAAUUGAGGUUAAGCUAAUUGUGGGGGCAAGCACGUAACUGUCGACGAAAAGACAGCGGGAGAAAAUAGGAAAAAACAACAACAACAAAAACCUAUCACAUGCAAUAGUAAAUAGUUGUACAAUAACAAAUAACAAGCAAGCAAUAAUACUUUAACGCUCAACAUAAAAGCAUAAAACAACGUAGCAGCCUUAACAGCUUGAUAAAAAACAAACAACAACACAAGAAGCAGUGAAAAAAGCCAGCAAGCAUGCCAUUCGGCCGCAAAUCACCAUUGGAGGCACUCGCUUUGCCCGGCGUCAUUUUGGCCUACAAAUACAGUCAAUUUCGGCAAAGACGCCGCGAGGCAGCCAGCCGACGUGUAACGGAACGUGAAUUGGCGGCGCUGCAUCAUAAAAUCGACAAGUUGCUGAGCAAACUAGAGGAAAGCGAACCGGAUCCACCAACCUCGCAAGAGGAUGAAUGUGUUAUCUGUAUAAAUGCGCGCGCUACCAUGCAAACAUCACCGUGUGGCCAUCGUGUCGUUUGUCGGCGCUGCUUUGUCAAAACAAUACAAAGUGCCGUUGCACAGCGACUGCUGCCGCUACGCUGUGUGAUCUGUCGUGCGCGUGUGAAUCGCCUUACCUCCAGCUCGGGCACUUGGCGCAUACAAGAGUCGGCGAGCAGCUAUUCCAUGGGUGCCAAAAGUUGGGCUUCCGCCGGUGUCGGUGCGGGCGGUGUACAUGCCUCGGCAAGUUCCUAUUCGAUGGGCGAUGCGCAUAGCGGCCACCAUGCCUUCCAUCCACAUCCGGCGCUACACGGUCGUUAUCCGCGCAGUCCGAAUGGUGGUGGCGGUGGCGGUCGUGUUGCACAAUCGGAUAGCUUGUAUUCGAUGAGUUCGACGGGUUCAUCAUCACUGUCGGGCGUCUCACAUAUGUCCGCCUACUCUAAGACGUCUUCCAUUUCGAGUGGUCUCUGCUCACCCGCCUCACCCAUAUCACCGUCUGCCAUGUCGGCGUACACACAGACACCGGUGCUGAAUAAUCAUUUGGCGCCACCCGGCGCUUCAACGUCACAUGGUACGCUCACGCUUUCGCCUUCCGGUUCAUCCGUUUCGGGUUCACUCUCGCCACGUGAUGAUCAUCAUCAUUCACAUUCGCAUUCGGGUGGUUGCCCGGCGGGCUGUUCGGGUGCCAUACCGCGUAAGCCGCUCAAUUCGUUGAGUAAUUCUUCGUCGAGCGGUUCGAGUAUCAGCAGCUGCAGUAGUUUUCCGCCCGCCACUCAUACUUAUCCUGGACGUCGCCACACCAAGGGACGACUGACGGAUCUGCAAAACCGACUGCCACCAAUUAAGGAGUUUCGCAGUCCAGCCAAAGUGCCACAUCCUUCGCCGGUGCACAUCAGCAAUCCACGUUUUCGUUACUCCACUUACACCAAAUCCUCAUCGAGUGCGCACGAAAUUGCUCCCUUGCUAUGCGAACCGUCUUCACCACCAAAAAGACCCAUGAACAUACUGGUGGGUUCUGCGUCUACUAAUGGCUUAUGUCCACCGCCGCUAAAGGCUGGUGGUAGUGCUAAAAUUAGUCCGCUGGUAUCGAAGAACUCGCUGCCAAAGAACGCCUACACUUUGGGUAAUAAAGAUAAGAAGACUCCAAUGAAUAGUACCAGCGGUAAUAGCGCCAAAGUGAAUGGCAAGCUUACAAAUGUAACAACCAAUAACAAUAAGAAGUUGACUCAUGAUGCUAACGGUAAUAGCGUAUCAACGACGUCAACCCCCAUACCGAAAUCGACUGCGUCGAACCAAAAUAGCAAUAAUAAAUCGUAUUCAGCGCCAACCUCACGCUCCAACUCUUCCAAUCGAAGUUUUCCACUAUUCUCCAAUAGCAAUAGUAAUCAUAAGGAGAAAGCCGACAAUAAGAAGAAUGAAUCUAUGGAGCGUAAAAAGAAGGAGGAGAAACUGAAACUGAAAGCGGAAAAGGAAGCGAGAAAGGUGGGUGUACGUCAACGUGACGCUACAGCAACAGCACGUACUAACGGUGUUUAUAAAGAUGAACAUAACAAAAAUAAUAAGCAAAAUAAUAUAAAAAAUGUUGUUGAAGAAGAUAAAGAUGAUAAUAAUGAUGAGGAUGAAGAUAAUGAUGAUGUUAAAGAUAAAGAUGAAGAUGAAGAUGAUGCACAUAACGUCGUUGAUGGUCGUAAUGUUGGUGGUGUUGGUGUCGGUGGUGGGUUAUUAUGCUUGUAUGGUGGUUUGGCUGCCUGGAAAGUAAUGUCGGAAGAGAAGCGACUCGCCAAGGAAGAGGAACGUUUAGCGAAGCUAAUUGCCAAGGAAGAGAAGAAGAAGGGUAAAAAGGAAGCUAAGGAACUGCUCAUCGCGAAUGAUGGCAACUGCAAGAAGUGAGGCUUAUAAAAUGCUAAUUGCAAUAAAUGGCUUGUAAAUGUAUGAUAAUAAGAUGAAUUAAUAAUAAAAGAAUAAAAAAUAAUAAUUACCAACAACAACAACAAUAGCAAUAGAAAGAAAAUGAAAAAUCACUAAAUCGCGAUAAAAAGUGCAAUUAUAGGACUGAGAGUACUAAAUUUUAGGUAAAAAGUAUUAAUUUGCAUGCGAAAAGUGCUUAUUGGUUGCAGUGAGUACUAAAUAAACAACAAUAAGUACUGAAUUAAUUAGGCAAAGUACGAAAAUAUAUACUAUAAGUACUAAAUGGUGUACUAAAAGUACUUAAAAUUAUGCUGAAAUACAAAAAAGGCACGUGUACUAGAUUUUGUACUAAUUUCACUAAAGUGCACGUGAAAGUAUUAAAAUAUGUACUAAAAGUAUUAAAAUAAUAUGCAAGAGUACUAAAUUACAUCAAAUAGUUGAAGAAUUACAAGCAAGAAGUACUAACAUGUGUACUAAAAGAUUUUAAGAGCAAGUCAAAGUAAUAAAUUACUGUAAUUUUGUAGUAAAAGUACUACAGACAAUGCUGAAGUUCUAAAAAGUGUGCCAGUGUACUAUAUUAUGUACUAAAAUCAUUUCAGAGGUUUAAGCCUUGUCCUAAUGUACUAAAUUCCAUAAAACAAAUAUUCAAUUUUGUCCUAAUAUAAUAAACAACAUGCAAAAGUACCGAAUUACUGGCAAUAAGUUGUCAAUUGGAAACCAAAACUAAGUCGAAAGCAAAAAAUACUAUUGUUUACAGAGAUUCUUAAAAUAUGAAAGUACUACAAGGAAAUUUCAAGUACUAAAGAGCAUGCUUUACUAAUCUACUUACAAGCAAUACUAAAUUUUGUACUAAGAAUCAUUUAACAUCUUGUAAUAUCAUAAUGUACUAAUUACGUACUAAGCAUUAAUGAAGUACUAAAUUGUGUAAUAAAUGUAUUAAAUUGCAAGCAAUAGGUACUGAAUAACAUGCAAGUAGUACUAUAUUCUGUACUAAACAUAUGAACCAUAAUAAAGUUCUAGGCAAUAAAUACUAAAUGUAUAGAGUACUAAAUUUCGAGGAAAAGUACUAAAAUUGAAAAUAUCGCAUUAAAUUACAUUCAUAUAAUACUGAAUUGCAACCACAAAGUUCUAAAAUAAAUAAAUAAUUGUUGAAAAGAUCACCGAAACUUAAACCAGAGCUGUUAGAGCUAUUCUAAAAUAUCAGUUCAACAAAUCUCAUCAGCAUUAGCAAUAGCAAAUAAUAGCAUAAAUUACAAGCAAAACAAUUCUAAAUUCUAAAACAAAAGUACUAAAUUGUGUACAAGCAAAAUAAAAUUAAAUGAAAAAGUACUAAAAUAUUUGCAAUUAGUACUGAACCAGAUACUGAGUAUAGAAUAUGAGAAUAAAUAGAGGAAUUAUUUAUUUACAAAAAAAAGGUACUAAAAAAAAGUGCUAAAAUGCGGAAAAGUACUAAAGUACGAAAAUUUCAAGUAAAAGUACUAAAUACCACAUAAUAACAGAAAACUGCAACAAUAAGUACUAAAAUUAUAUACCACAAAUACUAAAUCACACAGAAGAAGAGUUUAUAGUGAAAAAGGUACUAAAAGUACUAAGUGACAAGAAAAAAUUAUUGAUCACAAUCGAAAAUUAUGUACUAAAAGUAAUUAUAAAAAAAGGAAAACUAAAUACUAACCACAAAUUCCCCAAAAAACUACAUAUUUACAACACCGUCAAAAGCAAAACUUCUAAAUUACAACAAAGAUUCUAAGCAACACAGUAACUACUACUCAGUACUUUCUAAAUGCUACUAUAAUUGUAGCGAUUACUUAAAAAACAACUCAUAAGCUAUUUACUACUUACUUAAGUAAUUUUAAUUAUUAAGCUGUAAACGCCCUUACUGAUACAUAUAUACUGUACUAAAGAGUUAGUAUAAAGUUGAUUAUUUUUAAAAAGUAAUUAAUUACAUAAUUUUAACAGAAAAAAACGUACUUUAUAAAGACCUAAAGUAAUUGAAUUUUAAUGAAUUAAUGUAGUUUACUCCAAUAAAUGCCAAUUUGACUAACACCAAACGGUAAUACAUACAUGCAAUUUAAAAAAAAAAAUUAAUUAUAAAUUAAAAUUUAAAAGAAUUCCAAAAAAACUCAUACAAAUUUUAACUGAAAAAAAAAUUGGAAUAUAUGUAUUGAAGUUUUCAAUAUUUUACUUCUUUUCAAAUGUUUCCAAGAUUUGGAACUUUGUACAAUAUUAAUUUUUUAAACAUUUCUCUUUAGAACUCAUUUUUUAAAGUUUAUUAUUUUUACUAGGGUGACCAGAGGUUUGGAAAAAACGUGUAUGUAUUAUUAAGUAGAGAUUCAAAUAACGAAGUUUCAACCUUUUUACCACAUUUUAGUUAGAAAUUCGAAAAAUAUUGUUUCAAAAUAGUAAUAAACAAAUCGGGAGUUUACUGUGUGGGAUCAAAAUAUAUAAAAGUUCUGUCAGUUUUAAAACAAAAGAGAUAUUUAACUGUUCUGCUGUCUAAAUUUGUUUUUAUAAAUUCCUUCUUUUAACUAACCUCACCUUAUGUACCCACUCAUUAACCACUUUCUCCGAAGGCAACUCUGGCUUUAACGAACUUUUCUGAGUUAAAUUUGUAUUAAUAGACCUAAUUUUAUUCCCGAAUACACAUUGUGUAAUAAAAGUAUUGAAAUUAAAAAAAAAACUGUCUAAAAUAUAAUAUCUUGAAAAAGUUGUCUCAAAGCCUUAUGAUUCAGUGCCAAAUAAUAUCUGUCUAAAUAUACUCAUCAGCUCGUACUCGAAAUGUAUUGCCCAUAUACUUAUGUGUAUAUAGUUGUAAUACUUAUUUUCGAAAAUUUCUCCUUUUACAACACUCUGCCGCCAGUUGUAGAGUUCAAAGUUGAGAAGAGGCCUUAAAAAUAGCACAUGAAACUGUAAAUCUUUAUAAAAUCCAGAAGCAUUGUGACAGCUACGAAAUAAAAAGUUUUUAUAGCCGUAUUCGAUUCGACAUUGCAAUGCUCAAAAAAUAGGAGAAAAUUUUUUGCAAUUUCUCUAUAAUUUUCUCCUAUUUUGUAUAACACUACUACUAUUUUCUGCAAUUUCUCUAUAAUUUUCUCCUAUUUUGUAUAACUACUACUACUAUUUUCUGCAAUUUCUCUAUAAUUUUCUCCUAUUUUCUGCAAUUUCUCUAUAAUUUUCUCCUAUUUUGUAUAACUACUACUACUAUUUUCUGCAAUUUCUUUAUAAUUUUCUGCUAAUUUGUAUAACUACUACUACUAUUUUCUGCAAUCUAAUAUAUAAAAUUCUCGUGUCACGGUGUACGUUAUUGAACUCUUCUGAAACCGCUCGACAGAUUUUCGUGAAUCUUAGCGUGCAUAUCGGCUAGGAUUGAGAAUCGGACAACAUCUAUUUUUCAUCCUCCUAAAUGGUCCACCCCUAAAUUUUUUUAACUUUCCGCGAAGAAAAUUAAAAAUUUUCUAAAAUCGGGAAGUUAUUGGUUGUUGAAGUUCAAACCGAUCUGACUAAUUUUAGUCUUGAAAUAUUCGUGGAAGGCCAGAAAAUAUUAGAAAUUUAGUAUAUGGAAAAAAUUGCGAGAAAGAUAUCAAUAAGAGAAUUUUAUUCGAGUUGACAAAAAAAUAUAAAAAGAGACAACAAAAAAAUAUUAUUUUGAAGUUUGUCAUUGGUGCUUUGUUAAAAUAUUUUUGUUAUUGUUCAAUAACAAAUUCGAUAGCCCAAAACAAUUUGUAAAAAAUAAGGAAAGGCUAAGUUCACGUCCAACCGAACAUUUUACACUCUCGCAAUUUAUUGAUGGAAUUUUAUUAAGAUAACACACAAUAUGACCUAUAUAUUCGGCAUAGAGUCCCAUAGAAAAUCAUAACAUAUAGUAUAUAAGGGCUGAUGUGAUUCCAGAACCAAUUGCACUCAUUUUCACCACCAAGGUUAACGGAAUAGGGGUAACUUGGCACCUCAGUUAUAGAGCUUUACUGUCUCACAAAUUUACAAAUGAUAGCAGCAAGACUGUUAUGCUGUUUAAUUCAAUAUAAAAUAAUUCGUAUAUGUCUCAUUGAGGUGUUAUCAACUCUGACUAUUUUUUAUUGACUUAUAGCUAUCUUUUGAAUUUAUACCAGUUGUUUGUUCGAUUCGCCACUCGCCAAAAAUUGGCGUUUAAAAAUUUAACUGAAUUUUAGCACUCACCUUUCCUUUGAUAUUUUGUAAAUAUACAAGGCGUGUUAAAAAAUUAACUAAAAUUGCUUUAACUUUUUCCUCUUUGAAAAAAUAAAGAGACUCGCUUUAACGUUUUCCUCUUUCAAAAAAUAAAGAGAACCUCAAAGGGCCGUAGUUUUACAAGCAUAAAAGAAAUCGCUGAAAGAGGUAUAUUCAAUGGGUACUAUUUUAAAAGGGGUCAACGUUAUUGCAAACGAAUGAACCCUCUGAUGAUUAGUUCCUUGCGGUGAGCAAUUCUCAUAAGGCUUUCUGCAAUAAAUUCGAUAAAUACUUUUUAAGUUGAAACGUUUACUUUCUCUCUAAAAUUAGGACCCUGUCUUCUGCAACAUUUUCAAAGAUGGUUUUUUUUAUAUAUAACAACAACUCUAUGUUUCAACAAGUAUUACAACUAUUAAAGAUUGUUUAAUAAAAUUGUUUAACUUAACUUUAUUUUUUUUUCAACUUCACUCUUUUUCACUAAUUUGAAUUCUUUUUCUUUCCAAAAUUCGAUAAAAUUUAUUGUAUUUCAAUGAUUUCAAACUGUUAUACAGUCGUUUAUAAUAGUACAACGACUGUUCAUUAUUAGUAGCAUUCAAAAAUAAUGGUUAAUAUAUGAAAAUAACAUUGAAACAUAUAUAAAAAGUAAAAUUCUAAAAUUCAAAAUCUUCUUCUUGGCAUAAAAUUAAUAAGUAUUCCAAAAAUUAGCAUAUAACUUCUAACUUUUCUAAAGUAAUUACCAAAA